CGAGCUGCGGCGCGCGCGCGACCCGCCAAUUUUCCCAUUAUUGUGGCGCCGCGCACAACCGCCAAAUAGCGACGUUAUGCCUUUACCCGCAGCUUGCCGCUGCGGCGAAUGCCGGCUCGGCUGACGUUGAGCGUGCGGCGAACACGCCGAUUGGUCCGUUCAUGCUGUCCGGCGACAGAUUCGCGUCCUUCCUUUGCCCGGACUGCACUGUCAAGUUCACAACGCUGUCGCACUUGCAGGCGCACUGGCUACGCGAACAUCAUCGGUGUCAGCGGCAGCAGCAGACGACGCUGCUGCUGCAGACGACUGCGGCGCCGGCGGAGCGGAGCGACUGCGGUCAUGUGCAGGGAGACGCAACGGACGACUCCGAUGGUGGAGGACGGGUACGCGGCGUGGACGUCGGCGGCGGGGAGGCUCGGCACGCCUUCCGCAACAAACAGUUCCGCAAGACACAGCGCUGCGAUCUCUGCCAGCAACCGCUCAGGGACCAGGGGGCAUCCUGCAGAGCCUGCAAAUACUGCUGCCACCUCCACUGCGAGCCCAAGGUGAUAUCCUCCUGUGACCCCAAACAGAGUUAUGAGUUGAGUCGCACUGAAAGCAGAGAACUCCGACAUUCCAGGAGAUCGAAGAGUCCUGGAUCCCGAUCACUUGAACGAACGAGAAGCCCAAGAAGCCUCGAACGACAACUUAGUUUCGCCAUGGAUGUGACAUACGUAACGGAGAAGAUUAUCGUUGUCACGUUUCCCGAAGGUGGAUUAGACACCACCUAUCGGAGUAACCUGAAGGAGGUGACCCGAAUGCUAAGGACAAAGCAUGGGGACAAGUACACGGUGUUUAAUCUCUCCGAAAAACGGCACGACCUCGCCAGGCUCAACAGCCAGAUUGCGGAGUUCGGGUGGCCGGCCCAUCUCUCGCCGCCGCUCGAGAGGCUCUGCACCAUCUGCAAGAGCCUGGACUCGUGGUUCCACGCCGAUCCGCAGAACGUCGCGAUCCUUCACUCUAAGGGUGACAAGGGCCGCGUCGGCGUCGUACUGGCGGCGUACCUGCACUACACCAGCAUAUGCGCCAGCGACAAUCAAGCCCUCGACCGGUUAACAAUGCGGAGGUACUACGAAGACAAGCUCUACUCCUCGAUGCACCCUUCCCAGAGGAGGUAUGUUCACUACUUCACGGAGCUUCUGUCCGGCAACAUCAAGAUGAACAACAACGCUCUGUACCUGCACCAUCUUAUCCUUCACGGAAUUCCCAACUUCGACAACAGAGGAGGUUGCCGGCCAUUUUUCAAGAUCUACCAAGGCAUGCAGCCGGUGUACACGUCGGGCGUCCACGUCGCCACGGACGGCUCUCGGCGGCUGGUGGUACCGCUGGAGGCGAACCAGGCCCUUCGGGGCGACGUGCUCAUCAAGUGUUACCACAAGAAGCAGCGGCCCGCUGGCCGGACACCCAUCUUCCGGGUGCAGUUCCACACGUGCACCCUCGAGGGCGGCAAGGUUUUCUUCGCAAAGGCGGACCUCGACGACGCCGUCUCUGAUCCCCGUUUUCCUGACGAUGGUCAAGUGGAACUGCUGUUCUCCGAUCGACCUGAUGACUUCAGAGGAAAUGGUUCUGUGACCGACAUGGUCAGUACAGCCGACCAGACGAAAGAUCCACUGGUCAGGCAGGAUUCGUACGAAAAUUUUGACCUGAUUCACGAAGACAGCCAAAGUGAUCUCGAUGAUCUGAUUGAGCCGACCAACAUUUCUGUUCCCCACGCAGAGGGUCCCCUUGACGGAAACCUCUACGCAGUGGUGUCCAAGGCUGGCAGGCAGCCCGUGGACGGCGGCCCCUUUUCCCCCUCCUCCCCCAACGCCGCCGCCCCCGACACUGACGUGCUUGACGGGCCGCACACUGUGAGCAUGGACUCGGGCAUCUCCUCCUCUUCGGGCCUGCACAAUUACGGAAACCCUAGCCCCCAGGGGCUGCUCCACAAAGUGCCCAACGGAGGCACCGUCGAAGUGGAAGUGCACCACUCGGCUGACGGUGGCCACCCGCAACAGCAGCACCAGCAGUACCACCACCACCAACAACAACAACCAGUGCGGAGCCCCCUGCGGUCAGAGCACGCCGAGUUGGACGACCUGCUGGACGGAAUGCUGCGCGAGAUCCGCUCCAUGCCCAACCACCCAGCUUCCCCGCCGCCCGGCAGCGGCCGUGCUAACCCGUCGCACUCGUACGGCACGCUGCCCCACGGCAGCCCCAGCUCGCUCUCAAAUCCAGGUCACGGCACCAUCUACUAUUCGUACACGUCGCGCACCGCGUCAUCGGAGCCUCCGGCGGCGGCGCAGCGCAAUGGCGGCGGAGACCACCUGGCUGGCUACCAGCGCUGGCCGCUGCACCACCAGGAGCCCGACGGCCGGUCUCCGGACAGCGGCCACCGCACCACAUCGCCCUUCUCGUACGGCGUCGAGUACGGGAGUCCCGCGCUCAGGCGCCGGCGAGCACACUCGGAGUCGGCCAGGGACUCGUUCGAGGAUCGCAGCUACGGCACGCUGCGAGACGCCUCGCUCAGCCCCGAGCCUGUGGUCGGAAGUCAGUCGUGGCUGCAAAAGCAACAGCAGAAACUGCGCGCCCGCCGAGAAGGUUCGUGGGAAGAUAGGCAUCGCAAGGAGAGACAGUUGAUCGCGGAAUUACGCACAGCCACCGCCAUGCGUAGUCCCGAACCACCCAACGGCACAGUGGACAUGUCACCGAUGAACGGCGACGUGGGAACGCUAAAGGGCACCAACUACUCGACCCCGCUGCACAUCCACACGAGCAGCAAGCCCCCGAUCCAUCGCGGCCUCAGUGCGCCAACGUCGCCCAUCAUCCCGUCGCGGACGAGCAGCCGGGAUGUGACGCUGCGCAGGUAUCCACAGUGGCAGCCGCAGCCGCUGCCGACAGUAGCGCAGCCCAUCGUGCGCCAGAAGUCGGACACGUCGUUCGACCGGGAGAGGCCGUUCAUGGAGGCCAAGCGGUCGCACCAGCAGGCACGCGACCAAAUGGCGGCCGGCGACCCGGCAGGUACGUCUCCGCUCCGGCUCAUCUCAUCGUCGGUCGUGUACGGCGAUCCUAGCGACCCCGCGCGGAGACCCGGCGUGUUGGCCGGUAGUCAGCCCUCUGCCAGCUCAGCUCCGCCGCCGAGGCGAGACGACAUUCUGGCCAUGUUGAACGACCCGCCGUUCUCAACGGCGGUCAAGGCGUCGUCCCCUGUCGAGACAGCACAAUACAAGGUAGAAGAACCGGUACAGUUACAUGAGAUGGCACCAAUAGCCCAGUCAACUCCAAACAAGUACACGCAGGACGACAGCUCCCUGGAAGGCUCGUCGCCUUGGCCUACGAGGGGAACGGACGACAGUCCGUCGGCCAGUCCUUCCAGCGCGACGGACCGGCCGGCUACGCCAGCGUUCCCUGUGCCUCCGAGGACGCCCUACAUGAACCAAGAUUCGUCGGGAGGACUACCGCCUAAAAGCCCAACUCUUUCUCGUCGGAGGAGCCCCUCGCCAGCCACCGUGAGUGCCUUGCAGCAGAGCCUGCCGCCGUCUUCGGGACUUCCGACAAGCCCCAACGGCCAGAGCUCGCCGACCGUCUAUUUCGGCCAGUCAAGGAGGUCAAGCAUGCUCUCCUUGACAGACUCUCCUGAAGUCAUCCAUCACCACCCUGUUUUUGUGAAGGACACCUCCAAGUAUUGGUACAAGCCCAACAUCAGCAGGGAAGAAGCCAUCCACGUGUUGAAGACGAAGCCACCGGGCACAUUCAUUGUGCGGGACAGCAACUCCUUCCCUGGUGCCUUUGGUCUGGCACUCAAGGUGGCCAGCCCACCUCCUAAUGUCCAGACUCGAUCAGGUGACCCAUCGAAUGAGCUGGUGCGGCAUUUCUUGAUCGAGCCUACCGCCAAGGGAGUUCGACUCAAGGGCUGUGCCAAUGAACCUGUCUUUGGGAGCCUGUCUGCCCUUGUUUAUCAGCACUCCAUCACGCCGCUGGCUCUUCCUUGCCGACUGCUGUUGCCAGAGUCUGAGAUUGGAGGUGUGCCUGUCUGGGCAGGCGAUGUUGUGGACAGCACCACAGCACCAACAACUGCUGCUACGGCUUCUAGUCUCCUGCAGCAAGGAGCAGCUUGCAAUGUGCUGUACCUGUGCACCAUGGACAUGGAGUCGCUGACGGGCCCGCAGGCAGUGCGGCGUGCUAUGGCUGAGCUGCUGGCCAUCUCACCACCACCUGUGCCCACUGUAGUCCACUUCAAGGUCUCCUCGCAGGGCAUCACCCUCACCGACAACAACCGAAAGUUAUUCUUUAGGAGGCAUUACGCGCUUAACGCGAUCAGUUUCUGUGGCACUGACCCUGACGACAGGCGCUGGACUCAGAAAGAUGAAGAUGCAGGAGUCACUGUCACUGCUAGGUGCUUUGGCUUUGUGGCCCGUAAACCAGCUAGCAAGACAGACAACCAGUGCCACCUAUUUGCCGAGCUGGAUCCAGAGCAGCCAGCAUCAGCCAUCGUCAACUUCGUUGGCAAAGUCAUGGAUGGGGCUGGGAUAUCAGCAACACGGGCAAACAUGAUAUAAGUGUACUCUACUGGUUGUACAAAGCCAAUGCGAGCUGUCUAGCCAUAUCUCUCAAGGUUAGUGAUGCUCUGAGGACACCGCCAUUGCUUUGAAGGCGCACAAAAGGCAAAGACUAUAGCUGCAAUAGGACUUUUUGUGCUGCACCAUGAAGUGUGUCCCAAUAUCUUAUUGCGAGUGUUCCUAUCGCACCACAUCAGUGCAAGCCCAAAGUGCAAAACCUAAUUACUUGUUGAACACAAGCAACAGAUAUAUUUGACAUUGUAUCUUAUUAAUUAUGCAGACUAGAUUAUAAAGUAAAUAUGCAAAUCUUUUAACAUGCCUGAGGCUGGAGGACUGUUUGAAACAGUGACACUUUUGGCUUCAUUUGCAUUUGUAGUGACAAAGAUAGAAUGCUUACGGUGCUGUUGUUUACUACAGCAAAAUAAGUAAGACAGAAAGCUUGUCUUGCUUAUGGAAGGCCACAACCGGUGGCUAGAUAUUUUCGAUUUGGUGCAGCUAGCACAUUGUUGUAUAUUGUGAUUAUUUUAUAACCAUCCUUAUGAAUGAAGAAAAUAUUGUCAUUUUUCUUAGACCUUUUUGCACAAAAGCAAAGCUUGGAAUGCUAAGACAAUGGCUAUGGUUUUUAUUAUUGCACAUCAUGUUUCAAAUGAAAUGAGAAACAAGUCUGUAUGUGCUUGCUUUUAAUCUGUGUGUUAAAGUGCAACCUUACCAUGUGUCACAAGAGUCCCACAAGCUGUGGUCAUGCCAUUUGUCCAGCAUUAAACAUUCACAUUUGAUUUUCAUUAGUUCCUUACAGGUUUUUCAAAUGAACUUUGAGUUAUAAUGAUCAUGCAUUGGCAAAGUGCAAUGAAAAGAGUUUUGUUUGUGUAGUACAUACACAGUGCUGCAAACGAAAGCUUCGUGGCAAUCAAAUUAUGUUUCUUUUGAGGCAUCGAGAGAUAUAUGCCAAAUUCAUUUCUACAUGAAUUGUAGCUUAGUAUAUGCAUGACUGUACCCUGCCUGUAUCUUUAGCAGCACAGCACCACUUGCAUGAAAGCCCAGUAGUUAAAUAUUUGAAUUGUCAAUGGCGGGCAGCCCAUAUUCACCACAUUUUUCAUUUUUACUUCAGUUGUUCUUACAUUUUAGGAACACUCAAGUUAUUCUAUCUAAAGGUACUUUUUAGGAAACAGUGGCUGUUCCAUUGAGUUUUAUAAAAUACUUGAUACCCAAGAGGCUUAUUGAGUAUUUAAUACCAAAAUAUGGCACCUUAAUAGUGGAAGGAGGUACGAAAUGGAAUUGUUAAUGUAAUUUACCUUGAUUUUGGUGGAGUUACAGUGAAAUUAAGUGGUGAUGAAUUCUUGUUUGUCAGAAUACUAAAAUGACAAGUUUUUACUGCUGGAUUCUUUUCUAGCAGCCUCUGUCCAAAACUAUACAAUACAAAACUAGUAUGCAUUAAAUGAAACAUCUUCAACAGAGAUCUGUCUGGCUGGGUGGGAAAUAUUAGAAAUGAAAACUGCUCCGGCCAAGGGCGACUCUAUUUCUUCGACCGUUUCAGUCAUCCCCUGAAGAAGGGACUGAGCCAGUCUCGAAGUGUGGAGAACUUCUGAACCUUUGCUGGAGCCGUUUUUGCUUCUAAUGUACUAGUGUGAGUUAUUUAAACGUGUAAGUGCUCUACAAAUAAAUGUUUGGCUUGCAUAGUGUGUUCUUGGUGACAGGCAGGUGUUCAGGCAGAAAGAACAGCUUAAGAUUUACAGAAAUGUGAGCCACUGCUGCUGAUGCUUCAUUCACUGCGUUGUCAAUAUAUAGUGAGCUCAUUGAUCUGCUUGCUUCACGAGUUUUGUCAAAUCUCCAAGAUUGCCUUUGUAAUGCUUUCUGAAUGUGUGAAAUACGUUUUGUUGGGCAUCAGGAGACUAUGCCAUGCUAUUUAGUGGCCACAUUGUGCUGUAGCAGGUAUAUGAAGUGUGGCUUUUCAAUGUGGCAGCAAAGAGUGUUCUAUGUAAACAAGAGUGCCUGGUGCACUGACACAUGUUAAACCUAUCAACGGGUGCAAUAUGACUUGCCCACAAGAAGAUCUUGCAAGGAACAUUCUGUUCAUAUACUGCUGUCAGUGCGCAUAAAUGUGUCUUUCCGCACAAAAUAUGCCAUGUUACUAUUGUGGCAUGAAUGGGCAGUUACUUUAUUGCGACUGUUUUGAUGCACAUACCUCUGCUAAGUGUUCACUGUUUGAAAUGUGAAUCUGCAUUCAGCGCUUCAUAACAUAUACACUAUAUACAUAUAAAUAUUAUAUAUAAGAUGCUACUGUUGAUGUUUUCUUUGUAGAUUGUCAUAGAAGUGCCAUCUUUUAACAUAUUUUGGUCUCGCUAAUAAAGUAAAGUGGCUGUA